AGCUAUCAAAUUGUACGUGUAUAAAUUGAGAGAAACACCAACUUUGUUCUUCUCUCUCAGACGCAUCACAACAAGCUUGAUUAUUACAAAGCUUCCUCCUUUUUCUGAAAAUUUCGUCCACAAAAAAGGAGAGGCUCGCUGUUCAAGAAAACUCUGUACAAAAUCUCAGUUCAUUGACUCGACAAAUCAAUCAAAUCUCCCUCGUUUCUCAAAAAAAACCCAAUUUUAUUAUUUUCUUCUCUCACUUUGAUUUAGCCGUAAAGUUGUCACCUUUUCAACCUAAAAGCUCUCUGUGUCUCUCUUCUCUCUUCUCUCUCUCUCUCAAAAACAAUGAAAGAGUAUUGGACCUCUCUAGCUUCCCUUCUCGGCGUCUUAGCCUUCUGCCAAAGCCUCAUGAACUCCGUAUUCCCACCGGAGCUCCGUUACGCCUCCCUCAAACUCGUCAACCGAUUCUUCCAACUCUUCUCCUCCUUCUGCUACUUCGACAUAACGGAGAUCGACGGCGUCAACACCAACGAGCUCUACAAUGCCGUCCAGCUCUACCUCAGCUCCUCCUCCGUCUCCUCCUCCAACCGCCUCAGCCUCACGCGCGCCCUCAACUCCUCCUCCAUCACCUUCGGCCUCUCCAACAACGACUCCAUCGUCGACACCUUCAACUCCGCCACCGUCCUCUGGGAGCACAUCGUCACGCAGAGACAGACCCAGACCUUCGCGUGGCGCCCAAUGCCCGAGGAGAAGCGCGGCUUCACGCUCCGCAUCAAGAAGAAAGACAAGAGCUUGAUCCUCGACUCUUACCUGGAUCACAUCGUGGAGAAGGCCGACGAGAUUCGCCGGAGGAAUCAGGAUCGGCUCCUUUACACGAACUCGCGAGGCGGCGGCGGGGGUUUGGAUUCGAGAGGUCUCCCUUGGGAGUCUGUUCCCUUUAAGCACCCGAGCACGUUCGAGACUCUCGCUAUGGAUCCGGUUAAGAAGAGAGAGAUCAUGGAGGAUCUCAAGGACUUCGCCGAGUGCCAGUCUUUUUACCAGAGAACCGGUCGGGCUUGGAAAAGAGGUUAUUUGCUAUACGGUCCACCAGGAACAGGUAAAUCGAGCAUGAUCGCAGCCAUGGCUAACUACCUCGGUUACGAUAUUUACGAUCUCGAACUCACGGAGGUGAAAAGCAACUCGGAGCUGAGGAAGCUGUUGAUGAAGACGAGUUCCAAGUCGAUAAUUGUGAUCGAGGAUAUCGAUUGCUCCAUUAAUUUAACGAACCGGGGAAAGAAAUUUAAUGAACCGGAGAUGACGUUAACCGGGUCCGGUUUAGGAGAUGAGUCAGGGAACGGGAACGGGAACACGAUAACGUUGUCGGGGUUGUUGAACUUCACUGAUGGGCUUUGGUCUUGUUGUGGAAGCGAGAGGAUCUUCGUGUUCACGACGAAUCAUAUCGAGAAGCUUGAUCCCGCGUUGCUUAGAAGCGGGAGAAUGGAUAUGCAUGUGUACAUGAGUUACUGCACGUUUCCUUCGUUGAAGAUCUUGCUGAGGAAUUACUUGGGGUACGAGGAGGGGGAUCUGAGCGACGACGUUUUGAAGGAGCUUGAGGGAGUGGUGGAGAAGGCGGAGAUCACGCCGGCUGAUGUGAGCGAGGUUUUGAUUAAGAAUCGGAGGGAUAAAGAGAGAGCUGUGAGGGAGCUGUUGGAGGAUUUGAAAAGAAGGGCGGAGAGGAAUGAGAAUAAGGGGGAAUCGAGGGGUCAAAAUGGGAGUUUGACGGUGGCUGAUGACGUGGAAGAGCAGGAGAAGAGGGCUUUGGACAGUCCUUAUGCAGAAGAGGAGGAGGAGAUUGAGGACAGCAUUUGCAAGAUUAGUGAAGAUUAAAAUGUUUUAAUGUUUCAUUGUUCUUGGGUUUUUCUAACAUUCUAUGUUUUACACAAUGUGAAAGUUGUGUUCUUUCUCUUUUUUGGGUAGUCAACUUUUGGAAGUGAGCUAAAGUGAAAGGAGAAAAAGAGCUAGAGUUAGUUGAAAAGAGCCAAUAGUGGUGUUGAGGAUUUUGUAUGUCGGGAUUAGAAAAUGCAAAGAGCAUCAUUGGAUAAACCACUGGCGUAUGAUAUGUAUUGUUAUAAACUAUCAUUGGUGUUUUGUUAAGUGGUAUGUACUACUAGUAGUUAUCAUAUUAUUAGGUA